AUGGCUUAUGCUGCUGUGAUUUCUCUUAAACAGACAAUCGAGCGCCUUCUAAAUUCUUCUCAAAUAUCCCUCGUUCCACCUUCAAAGAAAUUCAUAAAAUCUGCAUACAAACAUGUUCAAUCCUUACAAGAAGCCCUCAAAAGAUUCGACAGCUGCAAAAACAACAACAACGAGAGAGUGAAUGCUUUGGAUGAUGAAAUCGGAGAGAAAGUACGCAAAUUCGAAGAUUUAAUCGAAUCUCAUCUCUCGAAUCAGUUUCUUUCUCAAUACGAACAAAGCCAUGACGAAGAUCAUGAGAUCAGUCAUCCAUCGAUACUCUCCGUGGAAACGGAGGAAUUAAAGCAAGAGACUGAUUCCUUCAACGAAACAGUCAAGAAGAUGGAAUGCGAGUACAUUCACGAACUCAACAACUCAGCCUGUGAAGAAGAAGAUGCCGUUUUAUCAAGAAUUGGUUCCCGUGGAAAAAAGUCAAAGAUGGUUGGACUUUCUGAUCAAUUUCGAGAAAUCCAAAUGCGGCUUCUAGAUCUAACGGCAGACCCAUAUAAUUACUACACGUCUGUCUCUCUCGUUGGAAUGGCGGGCAUUGGUAAGACUACUCUUGCUAUGGAACUUUUUGAAGAUCCAUUAAUCUCGAGCCAUUUUGACUGUCGAGCUUUUGUCAACGUAGGCCAAAAGUAUGAGCUAAAAUCGGUCUUGCAAAGUAUUCUAGCUCAAAUGAAUCCUGAGAUUGAGGAAGUUCUCAAAGGAGGUUUGAGAUCAUUGUAUGACUUGAAAAGAAUGAUGUACCCAAAUUUCAAGGGCAAGAGAUACUUGAUUGUGUUGGAUGAUGUAUGGAAUAAUCAGGUGUGGGGAGAUUUGAGGAGGUUGCUUCCAAACAACAAAAACGGAAGUCGAGUCUUGCUGACAAGUAGGCUACAACUAGUACCUUACUAUGUUAGCGAUAGUAAUAAUUACCAAAUUCGGUUGCUGAAUAAAGAAGAAAGUUGGGAUCUUCUUCGUCACAAGUUGUUUGGUGAAAUGCCUUGCCCUCUCGAUCUUGAGAGAGCUGGAAAGAAGAUUGCCGAAAAUUGCGAAGGUCUUCCUCUUCUAGUCGUCAUAGUUGCCGAGAUACUAUCUAAAGCUGACCGAACUCCAAAGUACUGGAAACAAGUAACAGAGAAAGAAGAUGCAGUUUUCAUGGAUGCAAAGGAUCAAAUACUUAAGGUACUAUUUUCAAGCUAUGAAUACUUACCUCAACAUUUAAAAGCGUGCUUUCUUUAUAUGGGAGUUUUCCCUGAAAAUUACGAGAUUCCUCGCUCCAAGCUCAUCAAUUUGUUGAGUGCCGAGGGAUUUCUCGAACCAGUUGCUCCAUCAAGAGCCAUCGAAUCGUUUUCAAUGGAAUGUUUGGAGGAGCUUGUUUCGAAAAACCUUGUUACCGUCCAUCAAAAGAGGUCCAAUUCGCCUUAUAAUUCACUAUACAAUUUCAAAACUUGCGGUCUCCAUUCUGUCUUUUGGCAUUUAUGUAAGAGAGAAGCUGAGAAGAACAAAUUUUCCCGUGUCGUAAAUAGUUAUGACACUAAUUUAGGAGAGGGUAUAGAACACCAGCGCCGAUUGUGCAUCCACAAAAGUAUUCUAUUUGCCAACAAAGAUGUGUACGAGUCCAUAGCAUCCAUUUCAAACACGCGUUCACUCCUAUGUUUUGGUGCGUAUCACAAAUAUCCGGUACCUAUUUGUUUGGAAUAUUUAAUUUUGUUGAGGGUAUUUGAUGCUCUUACAAUCCGUAUGUACGAGUUCCCAAUGGAAGUACUGAAACUAGUUCAGCUAAGGUACCUUGCCCUCACUUAUGACGGAAAUCUCCCUCCUUCAAUAUCCAAACUUCGAAACCUUCAAUUCUUGAUUAUCCUUCGACAUUUAAACAUCAUUAAAUCUUGUAUAAAAUCGUCGUAUUUGCCAAUGGAGAUAUGGGAUAUGCAAGAACUAAAGCAUCUUCAGAUCACAGGAAGCAAUCUCCCCGAUCCUUGUGGAGCUAUCUUACAAAAUCUCUCAACACUUUUAGAUAUAAGCCCCCAUUGUUGUAGAAAGGAGAUUCUUGAAAGAAUCCCUCGUCUAGAAAAGCUAGGAAUCCGAUUCGAUUUGGCACACGAUCACGAUGCUAAAUCAUUAAACUGGUUCGAUGCUGUUUCUAAUCAUACACGAACAGUGAAAUGUGUCGUUGUGAAUCCUAUUCCUAAGUCUGAGGUUGUUGUGGGCCCACCAGCUCCGCUUUUCACUAAUAUAUAUUCGAGACUUGCAAAGUUGAGUUUGAGUGGGUUCGGAUAUCCAUGGGAAGACAUAAGCAAGAUUGCUUCAUUGCCGUGCCUUCAUGUGUUGAAACUGCGACGCUACGCCUUUCGAGGGGCGAAAUGGGAAACUCAAGACAAGUCGUUUCGAUCGCUUGAGGUACUUUUAAUUGAAGACUCUGAUCUGGUUGAAUGGACGGCCGGAUUUAAGACGUUUCGAUGUCUUGAGCACUUAACAUUGAAAAACUGCCACAAACUAGAACAGAUUCCUCGGGAUUUAUAUAUUCGGCUAAAUAUAGAGUUGGUUGACUGUAACGCUUCAGCUGUGGCUUGUGUAAAGCAAAUGCAAGAGGAGGAGCGGAAAAAAGAUAGAAAUUUCCCUAAAGUCUAUGUCUAUUCUUCUGUUUAA